ACGCCCCCUGUUCGAAAAGGGGCCAAGAUUCGACGUGUGCGCUCGUGGACUCAGAGCGAGCGAGCAGAAGAUCAUUCAUUCCUCUUCUUGUUUGGAAGCUUUAUGCUUCCGGAAAGUAGAGGAGCCAUUUGUCGACUCGUGGAAUCCGUCGUCGCGUUCUGUGGCGUGGCGAGCGAGCUAACCAGCGAGCGAGCAAGCAAGCAAUCUCUGGGAGAAUUGGAUCAGAGAGUAGAGUGAAUUAUGGCAAGAGCCUCGGCGCUCGUGUCAAUUCUGAGUUCGCAAACCAUGGCUAGGAACUGCCUUUUCUCGUCCCACGUUUCAGUUUUCUCUACCCCAGUCAGUCAUUCUCCUCAGCAAUAUCUUCAGAAGCAUUUUCAGCUGCGCAGAGGCAAGAAAUUAGCGAGGGACUCAGUACCUUUACAGCGCGGCGAAAUUGAGUGUUUGGGUGCAUUUCCUGUUAGACCUCGGCGUGUCUCGACAAGAAGUUCAGCCAUCGGUGGGGAACGUAAUGUCUGUGAAGUGAGUGGACAGGGUUGUGGUUCGAGAAUGGGAAAUUCUUCGAAUGAUGCGAUGAUGACCUCUGGGAUUAGGAUCGGAACCAGGAGAGCUGGCUCAGACUUGAAAACUUACGCCACAGGGGGUGGUAUCGUUGCCGAACCUUCUUCGAAGAGGAAGGGAUCCAAGAAGGAUGCUCCACCUGAUGUCAAACUUACACAACUCCGAGAAUUGAUGGAUAAAAAUGGAAUAGACGCUUAUAUUGUUCCCUCUGAAGACGCCCAUCAGAGUGAAUUUAUCGCAGAUUGCUUCAUGCGACGGGCUUUUAUAUCAGGAUUUACAGGAAGUGCAGGUUCUGUCAUCAUAUCUAAGGACAGAGCAUCAUUGUGGACGGAUGGACGUUACUUCCUCCAGGCUGAAAACCAGCUAGGUCCUCAUUGGACUCUCAUGCGGGCAGGAACCGCAGGAGUUCCUUCUAUGAGUGAGUGGUGCAGAGACAAUCUUCCUGAAGGCUCUGUAGUUGGAGUUGAUCCGUACUUGUUUACUUCAGAUGCAUUUGAAGAGCUGAAGAGAACAUUAGCGGAAAAGAAUCACAGCAUUAGUCUUCUAUACGACUGCAAUCUUGUGGAUCAAGUGUGGGGAUCUGCAAGGCCAAACCCUCCCAGUGCCCCUCUCAGGGUCCAUGACAUAAAGUAUGCUGGUGUUGAUGUUUCAACCAAACUUGCGAAUCUACGAAAAGAAUUGGUUUCAGUAGGUGCAACAGUUAUAGUUGUUACCAUGCUGGACGAAAUCGCUUGGCUAUUGAAUCUGAGAGGCAGCGAUGUGCCCUGCAGCCCUGUAACAUAUGCAUAUGUUGUGGUCGAGCUGGAAACUGCAACUCUCUUUGUGGAUGAAUCAAAAGUCACCCAUGAUGUUGCUCAACAGUUGGCCCAAGCUUCAGUUACUGUGAAACCUUACGAGUCUCUUGUUCCUGAAAUCAGAAAAUUAGCGCUCGAGGGAUCGAAGCUUUGGCUUGAUGCCUCAAGAGUCAGUGUUGCAAUAAAAAAUGCCUUCAACGACGCCUGCUUGCAGUAUUAUUCUAAUUUGGGCAGCCUAGAAGCAAGCAAAAGGGAACUCAAAGAAGCCAAUGGACCAGCAUCUCUGCACAGGAGUUCCCCUAUUUCUCUAUCGAAGGCAUUGAAAAAUGAUGCCGAGCUCGAGGGAAUGAAAAAUGCGCAUCUCAGAGAUGCUGCGGCCCUAACAGAAUUCUGGAGUUGGCUGGAACACAAGAUUGUCGUAGAGAAGCAGUCUUUAUCAGAGGUUGAAGUCACUGAACGGCUUUACGACUUCAGAGCAAAACAGUCAGGAUUUCUUGAUGUUAGUUUUGAGACUAUCAGCGGUUCUGGACCUAACGGUGCCAUAGUGCACUACAGAGCAGAAGCAGGCACUUGUGCACAAGUCGACGAACAUAACCUCUUCUUAUUGGAUAGCGGGGCUCAGUACGUUGACGGAACCACAGAUAUUACCAGGACUGUGCACUUUGGUGUGCCAACCCCGCGUGAAAAAGAAUGCUUCACCCGUGUCUUACAGGGUCAUAUUGCAGUAGAUCAAGCUGUUUUCCCUGAAUAUACUCCUGGAUUCGUGCUUGACGUGCUCGCUCGAAAUUCGCUUUGGAAGAUUGGGCUCGACUAUCGUCAUGGUACUGGUCAUGGGGUUGGAGCUGCUUUGAAUGUGCAUGAAGGCCCUCAAAGCAUGAGUGCUCGAUUCGGCAACAUGACUGGAUUGCAACCUGGCAUGAUCAUCAGUAACGAGCCAGGCUAUUACGAAGAUCGUGUCUUUGGUAUCCGCAUUGAGAAUUUGGUAAUUAUCAGAGAAGCCGAAACAGAAAAUCGCUUUGGGGGAGUCACCUUUUUAAGCUUUGAAAAGUUGUCGUUCGUACCAAUUCAGGCAAAAAUGCUGGAGUUGUCACUCCUGUCAGAUUCGGAAUUAACUUGGCUGAAUGAUUAUCACGCACAAGUCUGGGAAAAGGUUUCACCAUUGGUCGCUGGAGAUGCGCUAGAGUGGCUGCACAGAAACACUAGACCUAUCCAAAGACCUUCAGGAUCAAAGAAGCCACAGGAACUAUCCACUACCACAUCUGUAUGAUUUAACUGUAAAUAUAUUCAAAUGAAAAUUAGCACAACUAUGUUCUCUAUACCUGUAUUUGUUUUGGCACUUCGUUUUGCGUACUAGUAGGCUAUUCAAACAUACUAGUACGCAGAGAAGAAAAGAGUCGGGAAAGACAAAAGUUUCUCUUUGUGGGU